UGUCCGGAACUAUUUUUGUUUUCACAUUUCAGUACUUUUGUAGCUGGCAUUCACAGUUCAUAAUAAUGCGGCAGCAACUCAAAUGGAGAGGUAAAGUGCAGUUGUCUUAUUUUGAUGAUGAAUCAAGGAAACGUACAUGAUUGAAACCAGAGACAAAUGAUAUAAAGUUUAAGAGAGGAGCUUACGAUCUAGGGUUGUAGUUUCCUGCGAGAGUAAGCAACGGGCUUAAGCGGCGAAGUGAGAAAAGGUUUUUCUUAAUAUGGACAACAGAUCUAAUGAAACGAGCUUCUUUGUGGCUUGUCACAAUGGCGAUAUAAGGACUGCGAAAGACUUGCUCAAAUUUGUGCAUCCUUCAAGCCUGUUAAUGACGUUGGAUGGAAGAACUUGUUUUCAUGUGGCCGUAAUUGCAGGAGACUCAGAUUUGUUAGCUGAGUUAGCAAAGUUAACAGCAAAGCUGCCAGUCCAAGAUUUAAUCAAAACAUUAAGAAAGCCGGACAAAAAAGGCGACACGGCUUUGCAUUUAGCUGUGAGGAAACAAAACGUGGAUCUGGUGAAACAGUUGGUAGACUUGGAUGCCAGUUCGUGUGAAUGUGCAAAUAAAGAAGGAGAAACUCCUCUCAAAUUGGCUGUAAGUUUGGGAUUCAAAGAAGCUGCAGAGUUAUUAAUAACUCACACACCAAACGCCCUGCAUUAUGUCGUGAAGCUUAACCAAGUCAGACUUAUUCAAUUUUUUAUUGAGGAAAAGAUAAACAUGUCAAAAGUUAUCAAUCAGCAUUACCAGCCUAGCCCAUCUCCACUAACUAAUACGCAGCCAAGUAAUGAAGCAGAGCAGCAUCCCAAGGAAGAGAGGAGUCUCACAAAAGCAAAUACCCAGAAUGACCAGCCAACUGUUCAACUGGGAGACACGCCUUUACACAUUGCAGCACGAAACAAAUUUGAGCACAUGGUGAAUUUGCUGCUGAAAGUACCUGGGGUGGACAAGCUUGCGCUGAACAGCGAGGACAAAACACCGUUUGAAAUUGCAAGAGAGGUCGUGGAGUACCACGAACCUUUCAGGAUUAUAGGAAAGCUGGCAUAUUAUCGAGGGAAGCCCAAGCCAUUCAUGUACUGUGCUCCACAGGUGAGCCAUACAAAGCUAAUGAAAGCAAGGGAAAUGGUUACCGAUGCGUACGAAGCCAGACGCAACGCAGAACUAGUUGUGGCAGCGCUGUUGGCCGCCAUGACAUGUGCCGCUGCCUUCACCGUCCCAGGCGGUUUCGAUUCGGAGACUGAUAGAAAAGAGGAUCGAGGGAGCCCUAUUCUUAUAUCCUACAUUUCCUUUAAGCUCUUCCUUAUUUUUGACUCCAUAGCCUUCUUUCUUUCUCUUUUCGUUUGUAUAAUGUGGGAGAUGAGCUCAGAGCUUACGACAGGGGACAAGAUGUUGUUCAUGACUGUCAACAGCGUAGUUGUUUGCAGCAGCUUUGGGUUCACCACUUAUGGGUUUAUUGCUGCAGUCUACGCGAUGCUGGCUCAUGAGGUUGAUACCCUCUCUUGGGUGGUUUUGGGAAGUCUCGUCACCAUUACGUUGUUGGGCAUUCUCGCAUACAUCCGACAAUCCGUACACUUUGUAGUGAGGCGGGCCAGAUUUCACCGCCUGUGCGGUGUCUCUUGUAUCUUCGAUGAUAUUGUUGAAAAGGUAUGGUGUUUAGCAGAACGUUGUGGGCUUCUUCAGAUUUUUCGUUCAGGUGAUGAAGUUUCCCGUGAUUUAAUCACUGGGCAUGCCAAGUUCUGUUGGCCGCUUCGUGAAAAACGCAACAACACCGGCAGCAGCUCCACUAGGGACAGAGUACAGGUUUAGCUCCCUUCCCUGUUCACACUUCAAUCUUUUGUCUCUCAGUUUCGUCGGUUGUAAUUUUCAGGACUAGUUAACGCCUAUCCUAUGUUUGCCCACUUAAUUAUCUCCUUUGCACCAUGCAGUAAUUUGCUAUUGAAUGGAUUUUAAUAGUCAAGAAUGUAUUUCUUCUACAAGGUUAUAUGUUUCCAACAGAUAUUUUUGCUAUUGCCUAAAUAUUUUGAAGUGUUACUCAUUGUUAUUUAGUCAGAGCUACUUUCGUUUGCUUGAU